AUCCAGCGACAGGUCAUGCGUGAGCAUCCACGUACCCUGGAGCAAGCUGUCAUGGCAGCAAACACCGUGGAGCAGUCGUCAGGGCCACCGGCGUCGGGGCCACCAGCCAGUAGAGAGUCGCGUUCCGUGCCCAGCUUCCGUGGUCAGGGCCUCCGCAAGCUGACGGACCAAGAGCGUGUCCAACUGCGAGCAAUGGGACACUGCUUUGCUUGCAGGAAGCCAGGCCACCUCGCUAAAGACUGUACUGAGGGUGGACAGCGCUACCCAAACGCUGGUCGCCAGUAAGAAAGGGGGUGCGCUUACUGGCGACGACCCAAGCGCCCACGCCGGUACCAGUCGCUAACCGGUUCGGAGCUCUGGAGGUUGAAGACGUUGCUCUCCAGGAACCUACGGAGCCGGAGACACCCAUAGCUGUAGGAAAUAAUUGUCCCGUUGCAGAAAGGUGUCAUGUCAGCAACGUCAGCGUCGGCAAUGAACCUGAACACGACCUACUGCGCAUACAGGGAAAGAUCGGCGGUCGCCGUGCAGUGAUGCUGAUAGAUUCCGGUUCGACGCAUGACUUCAUUGCAGACAGUUUUGUUCGAAAGCAUCAUCUUGACACGGAUGCAAGCUCAGCAGUGCUGAGCGUAACAUUGGCGGACGGCUCGACCAGCGAGGUCCCGCAGAUUUCCACACGCACGCUAAGGGUGACAGUCGGGGGCUUCAGUGAGGAACAGCACUUUACUGUGUAUCCCCUGACUCGCUACGACGCUAUUCUUGGCAAGCCGUGGCUUACAAGGAACAACCCCAGCAUCAACUUCCGUACGAACGAAGUUCAGUUGGACGGUGAGCCCUUUGUUGCCAAAUUGCCUUCAGCUAACCCGCCGACAGCCGACCGGCCAUCUGUGGAAAGCAUGUUUAUCAGUGGCCGACAAGCUCGUCAUGCCCUGAGGAGUGGAGCCGAGGGGUUUCUUGCAUGGGUCACUGCUGCAAACGAGGAGAAUCGUUCCGGGCCACAACUCCAGGAAUCAGAGCAACAAGACAUCCAGAACCUGCUCAAGAGGUACCAGGAUUUAUUUCCAGACGAGCUGCCGAAUGAGCUUCCACCGAAGAGACCAGUCGACCAUGAAAUCCAGAUAGAAGAUGGAGCCAGACCACCGUCUCGACCCGCCUACCGCCUGCCGAAACCAGAGAUGGACGAGCUCCAGUCACAGCUAUCAGAAUUACUUGAGAAGGGAUUCAUUGAGCCAAGUAAGUCGCCAUACGGUGCACCUGUGUUUUUUGUGAAAAAGUCGGAUGGUACUCUGAGAAUGGUGUGCGAUUGGCGAGAAUUGAAUAGAAUUACGAUCAAAAACAAAGCUUGUCUUCCUAAUAUUGAUGACUUAUUCGACACGAUCCAGGGCAGUGCAUAUUUCUCCAAGUUGGACUUGCGGUCAGGCUACAAUCAAAUCAGAAUUCAAGACUCGGAUGUUUCUAAGACGGCCAUUAAUACGCCGUUCGGCCACUUCCAAUUUAGAGUCAUGGGAUUCGGGCUGACUAAUGCCCCGGCCACCUUUCAGUCACUCAUGAACUCUAUUCUGCAACCGCAUCUCCGAAAAUUCGUUGUAGUAUUCUUGGAUGACAUUCUAGUUUUCAGCAAGACCUGGGAAGAUCAUCAGCAUCAUCUUCAAACAGUUCUAGAAACACUUAGAAAUAGUGAGCUGUAUUGCAAACAGUCUAAAUGCGAAUUCGGCGUGAGAGAAGUUCUCUUCUUGGGGCAUAAAAUCAACGGCACAUCAAUUUCCCCUGAUCCCAAGAAGAUAAGUGCUGUGGAAACAUGGCCAACUCCGUCGUCAGUAACUGAUGUGAGGAAGUUUCUUGGCUUUGCAAACUAUUUCCGAAGGUUCAUAGAUCCACACUCGACCAUCUCUCGUCCAUUAGAAGAAAUCACCGGAAAAAAUUCACGCUUUGAAUGGAGCGCUGCUAGACAGAAGGCAUUUGAGUCUCUAAAAUCAGCAUUACUCGAGGCGCCAGUGUUGCAACUGGCCGAUGUUGAGAAAAGCUUCAUGGUAGAAACUGACGCAAGUGACUUUGCCGUGGCGGGUGUGCUCCUGCAGCAGGGAGAAGAUAUGGAUUUGCAUCCCGUAGCCUAUUGUAGUCGGAAACUGUCAGCUGCAGAACGCAACUAUACUGCGGCCGAGAGGGAAACGUUGGCUGUGGUAUUUGCAUUAAAGUGCUGGAGAAUCUAUCUAUUCCGCCACUUUGACCUGAUGACUGAUAAGCCUUUGACGGAGUUUGGCAUGCUGGCCUCCAAGCUACCUGACUCGCCGCCGACAACGCGUCAAGGCUUUGCCAUGGACAACAGCAAGUCAAGAGAGAUGAGCCAUUUUACCUUUGAUCAACUCAGUCAGAGUGGUGUUGCAUCAAACCCCUACGCUCACAACGCUUUGGUUCCACAAGACCAAACACGCAGCGCACCGACACCAUUCUCCUCCCUUCAAAGUUCGGCGGCACCAAAUCUUCAGCUUAAGGAUCACCAGCACUAUGACAACUUGUGUGAUGGAGUACUUUUUCCGUCCUUGCCACACGUGUCCACGGGCGAGAGCUCCAAUGUAAAUACAGGACUCGUACAUCAUGAUGUGUUGGCGACUUUGUGUGAUAGUAAGGUGAUAUCAGCACCACCACAUAUUUCAAGCUUACUUGCCAUACCACCAAGCCAACACGACCUCAGUAAGCCACGACCACAGAGUAGCGUCCUUGGACAACAGCUAUCAAUGAAAGAACCAGAAAAUCCAGCCUUGACAUUCUCCUUCGACCUAAGUUCGGCGCCACCCAACCUUCCCCCUAGGCUAAUGCCGAAUGACCAACACAAAUCCAACAGCGUGGGGGAUGCAGCACGCUUUCCGUCCCCGCAGCAAGUCAUUACCGACGUGGGUUCAUUUGCAAAUAUAGGAUUCCCACAUGAUGUGUUUGCGCAUUUGGAUGACACGAAUGCGAUGGCAGUGCCAAGGCAAGGACGACAACGUCUCCAGCCACAUCAUAUUCCAAGUUUACCUGGAAUGCCACAAAGUCGUCAUGAGCUCAGGGAGCCACUACCACAAAGCACCUUACUUGGUCAGCUACCGGCAAUGAAACACCCUGAUAACUCAGCGACACCAUUCCCCUUCCGACCACUCUUUGAGCCUAACCUACCCAACAGCUGGGGUGAUGCAACAAUUUCGGCGUCCUCGUCACAAGUCUCUACCGGCACCGGAUGCAUUGCAAAUACAGGAUUACCUCAUGAUGUGUUUGCCUCUUCGAGUGGAAGUGAUGUGUUGCUAUCACCAUUACUAGCAAGAGACCCGCAACGAGAACAACAUCUCCAUACGCCGCAACUCCCGAGCUUACCGGAAAUGCUACCAAAUCAACACGACCUCAACGAGCCACUACCACAGAGUAACUUACUUGGACAGCAGCUGUCGACUAAAGAACAUGCAAAAUCAGCCAAUGCCAAACUAGUCUGCCCGGAAUGCAAAACGAGUUUCUCAUAUCCGUCGGAGCUCAAAAGACACAUGACAGUGCACACCGGUGAAAAGCCAUAUCGUUGCACGGAUUGUGGAAACGCCUUCUCGCGGAAGAGUAGUCUAACUGUACACAUCCGAAAACACGCUGGGGAGAAGCCAUAA